AUGCAGUUGCUUAUGAGGCUCCGGGUCCUCUGUGGUAUCCACAAAUCCUCCCACAGCUUCCAUUCUGCACCUUGGCAGCUGAGAUGCCAGUCUUUAUCAGGACAUGGAGUUCUCAGAUGGAAUGACUAUGACACGCCUGAGGAAUUUAACUUUGCAAGUGAUGUGCUGGACUAUUGGGCUCAAAUGGAGAAGGAGGGCAAGAGAGGUCCAAAUCCAGCCUUUUGGUGGGUGAAUAACCAAGGGGAUGAAGUAAAGUGGAGCUUCAGAGAGAUGACAGACCUAACCCGCCGUGUGGCCAAUGUCCUCACACAAACCUGUGGUCUUCAGCCGGGAGAUGGUCUGGCCUUGAUUCUGCCCCGAGUGCCUGAGUGGUGGAUGGUGAGUGUAGGCUGCAUCCGAACAGGGAUUAUCUUCAUGCCCGGAACGACCCUGCUAAAAGCCAAGGACAUUCUCUACCGACUACAAGUGUCUAAAGCCAAAAGCAUCGUGACCACAGAUAUUCUUGCCCCAGAGGUGGACUCUGUGGCUUCGGAGUGCCCUGCUCUAAAAACCAAGCUCCUGGUGUCUGACCACAGCCGCAAAGGGUGGCUGGAUUUUCGAACACUAGUGAAAUCAGCAUCCUCAGUCCACACCUGUACUAAGUCAAAGACCAUGGACCCGAUGGCCAUCUUCUUCACCAGUGGGACCACAGGCUUCCCAAAGAUGGCAAAACACAGCCAUGGGCUUGCUUUACAUUCCUGCCUUCCUUCAAGCAGGAAAUUAUUGCAACUGAAGAAGUCUGAUGUCUUCUGGUGCCUGUCGGACUCAGGCUGGAUUCUGGCUGUCUUGGGGUCCCUGCUUGAACCAUGGGCGGCAGGUUCUACAGUAUUCAUCCAUCAUCUGCCCCAGUUUGACCCCAAGGUCAUUGUACAGACAUUUUUCAAAUACCCCAUCACCCACUGCCUGGCAGCACCAUCUGUAUUUCGAAUGAUUCUGCACCAGGAUUUCACCAGUAUCAGGUUUCCCACCCUGGAGCACUGCUGUACUGGCGGGGAGGCCCUUCUGCCGGAAGAGCAUGAGCAGUGGAAAAAAAGGACAGGCAUUCUGCUCCAUGAGGCCUAUGGACAGUCAGAAACGGGUAUAAGUUGUGGUGUCUCCCGGGGAAUGAAGAUCAAGCUGGGUUCCUUGGGGAAGCCCAUCCCACCCUACAACAUCCAGAUCAUCGAUGACAAAGGCAACAUCCUGCCACCAAACACUGAAGGAAACAUUGGCAUCAGGAUCAAGCCCACCAGGCCGAUAGGCCUGUUCCUGUGCUAUGAGGAUAACCCAGAGAAGACAGCCGAAGUGGAAUGUGGGGACUUUUACAACACUGGGGACCGAGCAUCCAUGGAUGAGGAGGGCUACAUCUGGUUCCUGGGGAGGGGCGACGAUGUCAUCAAUGCCUCUGGGUACCGCAUCGGGCCCGCGGAGGUGGAGAGUGCCUUGGCAGAGCAUCCAGCGGUGGCAGAGUCAGCCGUGGUGGGCAGCCCGGACCCGAUUCGAGGGGAGGUGGUGAAGGCAUUUGUUGUCCUGGCCCCAGGGUUCUUGUCUCAUGACCAGGACCAGCUCACCAAGGAGCUGCAGCAGCACGUGAAGUCAGUGACAGCCCCAUACAAGUACCCGAGGAAGGUGGAGUUUGUCUCAGAGCUGCCCAAAACCAUCACUGGCAAGAUUAGACAUGGUGAACUUCGGAAAAAGGAGUUUGGUCAGGUGUAA